CGCUCCCCACUCCCGGGAUGUGUCUCCGCCGUACGACGGGCUAUGGCCACCACGACUUCCGGGUUCCGUCAUUUCGUUCUCCCGCCGCCGACCCGCGCCGCCAAACUGAGGCUCUCCUAUAAGCCCGGCAGCAGCCAACCUGCCAACACCUACUGACACUCACUCAUCUCCCAGAGAGAGAAAGAGAGCGAGAGCGAGCGAGCGCGAGAGAGCGAGCGCGAGUGAGAGCGAGCGAGCGAGCGAGAAAGAGAGAGAGGGAGAGACAAAAUACCUACCAGGAAAGGGGGGGAGGAAGUCCAAUUUUUGCAAACUAUUCAUUUUUUUCUUGAUUUUUCCCCCCCUGCUUUCUUUGAACGAUACUUUAAAGAGAGAGGAUCAUAUCAUAGAUACGGCGGGGGCAAAGCUAAAAGGGAGGGGGGAGGGGGAGGAAAAAUUCAAGAAGCAGAAACCCCUCGCGGAGUUUUACUGGAAGAAAAAAACGGGUCUGAAAGAUUCCUCCUCUUCAUCAUCAUCAACCAUCAUUCAUUCACUACCUUGACAUUCCGGGCUUUGAUUGACAGCUGGAGUGGCAAAAAGCCAUGAAACACGACAGUUCGGUUACAUGUGGGCUGCUGACGGGCCGCUCGUAACCUUCAGUUCGGGGGCUUGACAAUUUUUUUUCUUCUUUUUCUUCUUUUUCUUUUCUUUUUUUUUUUUUUUCAACUGAGGGGAAGAGAAGAGAAAGAGGGGGAAAGGAGGACCGAAGAGGAGGAGGAGGGGAGGGGGGAGGAGGUGGAGGAGGAGGAGGAGGAAGAUCGGGAGGAGGAGGAAGAAGAGGAAAAAAGAGAAAAAGAAGAAAUAUCACAGAAAAAAAAAACCAACUCUUCGUUGUCUUGCCUGGGCCUUUUUUUUUUUUUUCCCUAAAAAUAACAUAUUGGAAAAUUGGGAGAAGUCUCCUUGGUUUGGAAAAAAAAAGGAAUCUUCAGCCUAGAUCACUUUCUUAUCCGGACUGGGAUAUUAAAUAUACGACACAUCCAGGAGUUUAUUGGAGCGCAGACUGAUGGCGCAAAGGUACGAUGAGCUGCCCCAUUACGGCGGGAUGGACGGAGUAGGGGUGCCUGCUUCCAUGUACGGAGACCCUCACGCGCCGCGGCCGAUCCCCCCGGUUCACCACCUGAACCACGGGCCGCCGCUUCACGCCACGCAGCACUACGGCGCGCACGCCCCGCACCCCAAUGUCAUGCCGGCCAGCAUGGGAUCCGCUGUCAACGACGCCUUGAAGCGGGACAAGGACGCGAUCUAUGGGCACCCGUUGUUUCCUCUGUUAGCUCUGGUCUUUGAGAAGUGCGAGCUGGCGACCUGCACUCCCCGGGAACCCGGAGUGGCCGGCGGGGACGUCUGCUCCUCCGACUCCUUCAACGAGGACAUCGCGGUCUUCGCCAAGCAGGUUCGCGCCGAAAAGCCACUUUUUUCCUCAAAUCCAGAGCUGGACAAUUUGAUGAUACAAGCAAUACAAGUACUAAGGUUUCAUCUUUUGGAGUUAGAAAAGGUCCAUGAACUGUGUGAUAACUUCUGCCACCGGUACAUUAGCUGUUUGAAGGGGAAAAUGCCCAUAGACCUCGUCAUUGAUGAAAGAGACGGCAGCUCCAAGUCAGAUCACGAAGAACUUUCAGGCUCCUCCACAAAUCUCGCUGACCAUAAUCCUGCAUCUUGGCGAGACCACGAUGAUGCAACUUCCACCCACUCAGCAGGCACCCCAGGGCCCUCCAGUGGGGGCCAUGCAUCCCAGAGUGGAGACAACAGCAGUGAGCAAGGGGAUGGUUUAGACAACAGUGUAGCUUCACCUGGCACAGGUGACGAUGAUGAUCCAGACAAGGACAAAAAACGCCAGAAGAAAAGAGGCAUUUUCCCCAAAGUAGCGACAAAUAUCAUGAGAGCGUGGCUCUUCCAGCAUCUCACACAUCCGUACCCUUCCGAAGAGCAGAAGAAACAGUUAGCUCAAGACACAGGACUUACAAUUCUCCAAGUAAACAACUGGUUUAUUAAUGCCAGAAGAAGAAUAGUACAGCCCAUGAUUGACCAGUCAAAUCGAGCAGUGAGCCAAGGAGCAGCGUAUAGUCCAGAGGGUCAGCCCAUGGGGAGCUUUGUGUUGGAUGGUCAGCAACACAUGGGAAUCCGGCCUGCAGGUUUGCAGAGCAUGCCAGGGGAGUACGUUUCUCAGGGUGGUCCUAUGGGAAUGAGUAUGGCACAGCCAAGUUACACUCCUCCCCAGAUGACCCCACACCCUACUCAAUUGAGACAUGGACCCCCAAUGCAUUCAUAUUUGCCAAGCCAUCCCCACCACCCAGCCAUGACGAUGCACGGAGGACCCCCUCCCCACCCUGGAAUGACUGUGUCAGCACAGAGUCCCACCAUGUUAAAUUCUGUAGAUCCCAGUGUUGGCGGACAGGUUAUGGACAUUCAUGCCCAAUAGUAUAAGGGAACUCAAGGGAAAAGGAAACACACGCAAAAACUAUUUUAAGACUUUCUGAACUUUGACCAGAUGUUGACACUCAAUAUGAAAUUCCAGACAGCUGUGAUCAUUUUUUACUUUUUGUCAUUUUUCAUCAAGCAACAGAGGACCAAUGAGACAAGAACACAAAUGUGAAAUCAUGGGCUCACUGAGACAAUUCUGUCCAUGUAAAGAUCCUCUGGAAAAAGACUCCGAGAGUUAUAACUACUGUAGUAUAAACAUAGGAACUAAGUUAAACUUGUACAUUUCUGUUGAUCACUCCGUUAUGUUGCCUCAAAUAGUUUUAGAAGAGAAAAAAAAAAAUAUAUCCUUGUUUUCCACACUAUGUGUGUUGUUCCCAAAAGAAUGACUGUUUUGGUUCAUCAGUGAAUUCACUAUCCAGGAGAGACUGUGGUAUAUUUUAAACCUGUUGGGCCAAUGAGAAAAGAACCACGCUGGAGACCACGGUGAACGUUUGGCUGAACCUCAUCCCUCGGACUCCAGCUUCAAGAAUGUGUUUUCAUGCCCGGCCUUUGUUCCUCCAUAAAUGUGUCCUUUAGUUUCAAACAGAUCUUUAUAGUUUGUGCUUCAUAAGCCAAUUCUUAUUAUUAUUUUGGGGGACUCUUCUUCAAAGAGCUUGCCAAUGAAGAUUUAAAGACAGAGCAGGAGCUUCUUCCAGGAGUUCGAAGCCUUGGCUGUGGACAAAACAAUCUUAAGUUGGGCAGCUUUCCUCAACACACACAAAAAGUUAUUAAUGGUCAUAGCACCACAACUAGGACUUUCUCCGGAAACUCAAAGCUUGGGGGAUAAAAAGGAGCAAGAGAAUACUGUAACAAACUUCGUACAGAGUUCGGUCUAUUAAUUGUUUCAUGUUAGAUAUUCUAUGUGUUUACCUCAAUUGAAAAAAAAAAAGAAUGUUUUUGCUAGUAUCAGAUCUGCUGUGGAAUUGGUAUUGUAUGUCCAUGAAUUCUUCUUUUCUCAGCACGUGUUCCUCACUAGAAGAAAAUGCUGUUACCUUUAAGCUUUGUCAAAUUUACAUUAAAAUACUUGUAUGAGGACUGUGACGUUAUGUUAAAAAAAAGGUGUUAAGUCACAAAAUGCGGUAAUAAAUAUUUCAUUUUUGA